AGAAAAACCAGCACUGCGCCGUGUCUAUGCUUCCUUGCUCACCAAUCAAUGGCCACUCACCGCAAUGCAUAGCCACACCAUAAAAGCCCACCGCCCUAUGUACGCCUUGUACUUCUCCUUCUUCCUACUCUUUCUUCAGACAUCAUCCUCUCCCUUUCCAAACGAAUUUAAUUUUUUUGCACAUGGCUGGGAAGCUAAUGCAUGCCCUUCAAUAUGAUCGUUAUGGUGGAGGUGCUGCUGGGUUAAAGCAUGUUGAAGUUCCAGUCCCUGCUCCAAAGAAAGAUGAAGUUUUGCUUAAGAUAGAAGCAAUCAGUGUAAAUCCAUUUGAUUGGAAAAUUCAGAAGGGCGUCUCGCCUCUUUUGCCUCGUAGAUUCCCUCACAUUCCAGGUACUGAUGUGGCAGGAGAGGUCUUAGAGGUGGGAGCAAGAGUGAAAAAUUUCAAAACUGGUGAUAAAGUUGUUGCUUUUCUUACUCAUGCUAGUGGAGGUGCACUAGCCGAGUUUGCAGUAGCUAAGGAGAGCUUGACAGUUAUAAGGCCACCUGAAGUUUCUGCAGCUGAAGCUGCAGGUUUACCAGUUGCAGCUCUUACAGCUCAUGAGGCUCUCACUAAGACUGCUGGGAUCAAGCUUGAUGGGAGUGUCAAGCAAGCAAACAUUCUGAUAACUGCAGCCUCAGGUGGUGUAGGUCACUAUGCAGUUCAACUAGCAAAGCUCGGAAACACACAUGUCACAGCCACUUGCGGAGCUCGCAACAUCGAGUUUGUGAAGAGAUUAGGGGCUGAUGAGGUUCUUGAUUACAAGACUCCAGAAGGGGAAGCUCUGAAGAGCCCAUCUGGGAGGAGGUAUGAUGCAGUGAUCCACUGUGCAACUGGAAUUCCUUGGAGUAGUUUUGAGCCUAAUUUGAGUGAAAAUGGCAAGGUUAUAGAUCUCACUCCUGGUGUUAGUGCCAUAAUCACUUGGGCUCUCAAGAAACUUACCUUCUCCAAGAAGCAGCUGGUGCCAUUGAUUGCUACUCCCAAGGGUGAGAACUUGGAUUUUGUUAUUAAAUUGGUGAAGGAAGGGAAGCUCAAGACAGUGAUUGAUUCCAAACAUCCUUUAAGCAAAGCUGAAGAUGCUUGGGCUAAGAGUAUUGAGAGCCAUGCUACUGGAAAAAUUAUUGUGGAGCCUUAAAGCAAGUGCUUUGCCAUGAGGAAUUGUCCCAUUUCAAAAUAGUGAUUACAUUAUAAAAUUUUAUUAUUUCAUUUAGUAAUGAAAAAAAAUGUAAUAGAAUGAUAAUUACAUAAUCUAAUCAAUUAGAUUUUAAAUUAUGUGAUUCUAUUGACUUCAAAAAAAAAAAAUUAUGUGAUUC